AUGAAACACUUCCUGAGGAUGUUUGUCCAGGUAUGCCUGUACUUCUACUGCAGAUGCUUAUGGCGCUGCCUGAAAUUCGUGGUCAGGAAACUAACAGGUCAAUGUGAAUUGCAAAGGAUCUGUUACAAUACCAAACCUGGAGCUGCCAGAACUAUGAAAAUAGAGGCAUCCCUGAAAGGUUCAAAAAGUAAGCGGCUGCAAACAUCAGUAAAUGUUCACCCUGAUGCUAUUGAAAAAACAAUAGAUGACAUCAUGGAGCUGAAAAGGAUUAAUCCAGAUAUAAAUCCACAGUUGGGAGUGUCUCUUCAGGCAUGCCUGCUGCAGAUUGUGGGGUACAGAAAUCUCAUUGCAGAGGUCGAGAAGCUGCGCCGAGAGCCUUACGAUUCAGAGAAUCCACAGCACGAGGAAAUGCUGCUGAAGUUGUGGAAAUGCUUGAAGCCGAAUUCACCACUGAAAGCUCGGAUUUCGAAGCAAUGGUGUGAAAUUGGUUUCCAAGGUGACGAUCCUAAAACAGACUUUAGAGGAAUGGGUCUCUUGGGCUUAUAUAACUUGGUGUAUUUUGCUGAAUGGGACACUGAGAUAGCUCAGCAAGUUCUCACUGAUUCUCUUCACCCUAAAUACAGGGAAGUCACUAAGAAGGAACUAAGCCAACUUAGCAAAGCUGAAUGGGAGAAGAAAAAGUUUGAUAAGGCAAUUGGCUACUCUUUUGCUAUCGUGGGCAUUAACAUAACAGACCUUGCAUACAACCUGCUGGUGAGUGGGGCUCUGAAGACCCAUUUCUACAAUGUUGCUCCAGAAGCACCAACGCUCACUCACUUUCAGCAGACGUUCUGCUACUUAAUGCAUGAAUUCCACAAAUUCUGGAUUGAUGAGGAUCCACUGGACAUAAUGGAAUUCAAUCGUGUCAGAGAGAAAUUUUACAAACGAAUCUUGAGACAGCUCCAGAACCCAGAGAUGGCUCUGUGUCCUCAUUUUGCUGCAUCAGAAAGUUUAAUCAACAUGUAG